GCUCUACAAGGGUGGGAGUAUAAAAGUAAAAUUCUUCCCAAUGCCAGGGAAACUGGAAGCUGACAGCCAUUGGAGAUGUGGUUUUCGGCAGCUUCUGCAGCACCUUUUUGUUGUCAUGCAAGCCUUUAAGAUUUAGCUUUCUCCACAUUCUGAUAAUUGUUUCAGUUCUUCCAGGUAUUGCCAUGUGAUACCCAGCAUUUCUGGCAAUGAAGAAAGGCUCUGUAAGGAAAGCUGCAGGUAGAAAACCACAGGCACCUGAGCCAAUGCCACCUGUGAGUUCAGGUGCCACAUCUCCACAUCUUGGCCAGCAGACACGUCCAGCUGCUCCCAAAAGCAUGGAGCACAGACUCCAACGACUGGAUAUUCCAGCAGAAAGUUUUGGAGCUGCUUUUAAAUUUCAGAAAGGUGAAAAUGGUGUUAGCCCAGGGGUUAAGUACAUAACUGAAGCCCUCAUAAAGGGUCUAUCAAAACAGCAAAAUCUGGCAUUUAUAAACUCACUGAAUCUUUCUUCCCCAAAGGAUGGGGACAAGAAAUUUAAGUACAUAGAAAAUUUGGAAAAGUGCUCUAAACUAGAGGUGCUAAACCUUAGUAACAACCAAAUAGAGAAGAUUGAGAAGCUGGAUAAACUGCUGAAGCUGCGUGAGCUCAACUUGUCAGGCAACAGAAUCAGCAAAAUUGAAGGCUUAGAACAUUUGCAGAACCUCCAGAAGCUGAACCUGGCAGGGAAUGAGAUUGAGCACAUUCCUGUGUGGGUAGGCAAGAAACUGAGAUCCCUGCGCAGCCUGAAUUUGAGAGGGAAUAAAGUGUCCUCACUCCAUGACAUAGCUAAACUAAAGCCUCUGCAAGAUCUGACCUCUCUGUUCCUUGCUGAAAAUCCAGUUGCAAGUCUGCCUCACUACUGCUUGUACACCAUAUUCCACCUGAGGGCACUGGAAAACCUGGAUGGACAGCCAGUGACAAACCAUGACAGGCAGGAAGCUCUGGAGAGGUUUAAUUUGGAAGAGAUAGAAAAAUUAGAAAGAGAGUUGGAAAACACAAAAAAGGAGAUGGAGAACAUGAAACUUACCCAGUCCAGAGUGCUUGAGCAACUUCAGCAUCAAGAUGAGCUCAACAGGUCACUAAAGGAAAAGGCUGUGCAACAGAGACAGAGCUUUGAAGAGCUGCAGAGGGACCUGGGCACCAAAAAUGAGCUGCUGAAGCAGAAGACAGUGGAGCUCACCCGGGCUUGCCAGAAGCAGUAUGAGCUGGAGCAGGAGCUGGCUUUUUACAAGAUUGAUGCAAAAUUUGAGCCCUUAAAUUAUUUUCCCUCAGAGGAGGUUGAACUUGAUAAUGUACCUGGUGAAAGUCCCUACAUUGGCAAGGCCAGGUACAAAAGGAAUCUGUUUAUAAGGGAAGGCUACAUCCCUGACACUGCUCAGCAGCUGCAGGUUGGGAAAAUGCAACAGGAGGAAGAUGACUCCUGUAGGAAACCCCAGCUGGAAUCACAUCUCCAAAGUCUAGAUAAAAUACUGCAGGAUAAAGAGGAAAAGAUUAAUUCAGCACAAAGAAGAUUAGAAGAACUGCAAAGUGAAAUUGGAGAUGCAGAGCAACAAGUGCUGAAAGUAACAGGGGAACUGCAACAACUGGAGGAUGCUCUGGCCCAGAAAAAAAUCUCCCAGGCCAGCAGGGAAGCAAUUGAACAGCAAUUGAGUGAAAAGUUACAAAUCCUGCAGGAGCUACGCAAGGAAACCUUAGAACUGGAAAAACAAAUAGAGAAACAGAAGAGAGAAAUAGGGAGAAAUCAGAAAGAGCUUGAAGAUUUGCAGAGUUCUCUUGGUUCUAUAAAUCCUGAGGAUCCACGGCAUGCUCACAUGAAAGCUCAAAAAGCAAGUAAAGAACAGCACCUUGAUAUAAUGAACAAACACUGCCAGCAGCUGGAGACUCGCCUGGAUGAGAUGCUCUCCAGGAUUGCAAAGGAAACUGAGGAAAUCAAGGAUUUGGAGCAGCAGCUCACUGAUGGUCAAAUAGCAACAAAUGAAGCACUGAAAAGGGAUUUGGAAAGUAUUAUCAUUGGCUUGCAGGAAUACCUGCAAAGUGUGAAGCACCAAGCAGAACAGGCCAAUGAGGAGUGUAAGAAGUUGCAGAAGGAAAAAAAAUCUUUGCUGGGAAGAUUGGCAGGUCUGGAGGAGGAAAAAAACAACCUGGAAGUGGUUGCCAUGGAUGCAGAAAAUAUGAGAAAAGAAAUUGCAAUGCUAGAGAGUUCACUCCAGGAACAGAGAGAGAUAAAUGAGUCCCUUCAAGAUGCUCAGGGGAAGGUCAGCACCUACAAGGCUGAGCUGGAAGCUCAAUUAAGAGAGAGAAAUUCUGAAGCCAAGCAACAAAAAGAAGAAUUGGAAAGACUGAAACAACUUAGCCAGAUGGAGCUGUCAGCCCUGCAGGAUGAACUUGAAAAGGAAAGACAGCUGUUAGAAAGUGCUCAGACCAAAGCACAACUGGCAGAAGAGAAAGAGCAACAAAAUUACAAGCUGCUUUUACAGUUCAAGCAAUUGCAGGGAGACAAUAAUUUCCUAAAACAACAGCUUAAAGAUCUUCAGAAUCACCUAAACCAUGCAGUUGGUAACUUAAUUCAUCCUGAGGAUGUCAUGGCUUGUAUAAAUGAACUCAGGCAAAAUCUUAAGACAGGAGCUGGAGAGAUGAAGUGUACAAAUUCAGCUGAUAUUUUAGGGAAAAACCUUGCAAGUUUGCAGAAAGAAUUCAAUGACAUCCUUGCUGAUGCACAGAAGGAAAAAGAGAAAAUAUGGGCUGGACAGAGACAGUUGCAGGAAGAAAUGGUUUCCCAGCAGGAGAAACUGGAACAAAUACAGGAGAAAUACAGACAGGUUAAAGCUGAAAACAAGCAAAAUAAGAACAAGGUCCAUCAGUUAGAGAAUGAAAUUCAACGUUUACAUGAAAAAAUAAAGAACAUGGAGGAGAUUCAGGGCCUGGCUGAUCAGCAGCUCCAGGAGGCAGAUGAGGAAAAAGAGGCUAUUCUGGCCCAGCUGGAGAAUUUAGAGAAGAGGAAAAAAAGAGAAGAUGCCAGGGCCCAGAUGCAGGUGCUGAGUCUGGAUAAGGAGCUGAAGGAGCUGCAGAGAGCAGUGAUCACCUCAGACAAGCUGGCAGCCACUGAGCUCUCCAUGGCUGCAAACCAGCUCAAGGCUCUGGGGGGAACUGUGCUCAGGAUUAACCAGGAGAGAGCUGAGGAGCUUGAGGAAGCCCAAGAGUUCUGUGCUGAGGCAGCUCGUGCUUCCCAGGCUCUUGCCAAAGCAGAAGCAGAAAUAGAAUUGCUACAACAACUCCUGAAGGAGAAGGAAGAGCAACUUCUGCAGGAAAUAGAGAAAGCUGGUGAGAAAACUGCUGCAUCAAACACUCAGAAGUUUGAAAUUAAUAAAUUAACUGAAGCCAUGGAACAGCAAAAAGCAGAGAUUGACCGUUUGAAAUGGUUGUUGGAUAAUAUUGGAACAGGUAACAAAGAUGAAAUUGAGACCUUACAGGAUGAAAUUGCAGCCCUCAGAAAUGUGCUCUCACAGCAGAAUGAUCACAGCACCAGUCCAGCAGAGCCCCUGAAAAGAGGGGGAUACUGGUACUACCUGCCAUCAUCACAGGCUUCAACUCCUGCUUCCCAGAGCACCAAAGACUCUGGAGUGUGUUUGGGGUGCUCUGGCACAUCCCCAGCCAGGAGAGGGGAUGCUCAGGACAGGCCCUGUGGGAGGGAGGACUUGCCCAGCCAAGGAUGUUGGGUUUAUUCACCAGUCAGAAAUAAGUUGUACAAAGCAAAUUCUGGCAAAGCUAGAAGAGCAAAAGAAGAUGGUGGAGGAAAUGCAGGAUCUCCUGUCCCUGAAGGCUCUCCCUUUGUCCCACCCCCAGGCACUGUUAUUUACACAGCACUUCCAGAUGGGACCCCUGCACCUCAGGGUGUGGGGGUUUAUGGCCCUGCUCCUGCAGCAGCCACUGGAGCUCCAGUCACUCCUGGAUCCAUCAUCCAUGGGCCAGCUCCUCUGGGAUGCCAGGUGCUUUGUGGCCCUCUGCCUCCAAACUUCACUGUGCCACUCAUUCCCCUGGGAGUGCUCCACUGCAACGUGCCUGGACAUCAGGAUCUGGAGAGUGAAGUCUCGAGGCUGGAAGACACUGUGUGCUAUUUAAAGUCUCAGAAAUACAAAGAGAAAUGCUCCGAGGCAGCUGAGCAGAAAUACAAAAAGGAGGUGGAAAGAUUGCAGGGAAAUGUCGAAGAACUUGAGCAGGAGAGGGAGGAGCUGCAGUGUGAAGUGGCAGAGCUGCACCGAGCUCAGGAACGGAGCACACGCAGGGACUUCAUUGAUGGCUACACUGAGAGCUUCCUUGCAGAGCUGCAGCUGGAGAAGUCCCUGCAGCAGCAGGAAGAUGUUGCAGAGGAGAUUGAAUGUGCAGAGAAGACUCUGCUGAAACGCAGGGCCGAGCUCAGAGAGGCUGACAGGCUCCUCACAGAGGCUCAGGUGGAGCUCGAGAGCACCCGGGGCAAGACUAAAGAGACUCUGCAGAAAUACAAUCGUGCCAAACAUAAUUUGUCCUGCACUGAAAUGGAGGCAGAGGAGCUGGAACAGAGGGCUCAGGAAACAGCCACCAAAAUUGUGAAAGCAACUCAGCAGCUCAGGUUAUUACAGACAGAUACAAGGGGUUUGGAACAGCUGAAGAAGGAACAAGAAGGUAUUUUGAAGGAACUCAACAAAAUGGUGGCUGCAAGAAACUCUGAGUUGCAAUCAUUAAACCAGAAGAUAGAAAUGCUCACUGAAAGUCUCCAGAAGCUCCAAGGAGAUAUUCGACUUGCAGAAGGUAAUGAGGGCCAGCAUCUCCAAAUCAUCAGAGAAGCAGAAAACCUUGUUCAGGGCAAGAAAACUGAACUGGAAACAUUGAAAGAUCAGAUUUCUGCUCGGCAGCAAGAGCUCUUAUUCCUGGAGCAGCAGGUGACUCAAAGAACAGAAGAGCUCCAUGGCCUUCAGGAGUGCAUUUCCCAAAGGAAAGGUGACCUCAAAGAAGCUCUUCGAGAUGGAGAGACUGAAGCACAUGAGAAACUUCUCCAGAUAAGGGAAAUAAAAGUGCUUCUAGGAGAGCUUAAUGUUGAGAGGAAUGACCUGGAUGUCCAGCUGAAUGAGAGGAGAGCACAGCUUUCAGUCCUAAAGAAAGAUAUUAGAAAGGAGGAGGAAAAUCUUCAAGGAAUUCUUGGGCAAAUCACCAAGCAUAAGAUGGAACUGAAACAUGUGCUGGAAAUGCUGGAGCUUGAGAAGAAUGAACUGGAAGGUUUGAAACUCCAACAUGAGCAGAAGGUCAAUGAGCUGGAGAAGACCCAGGUGGCCAUUCUAGAGGAGAAGUUAAAACUGGAGAAUAUUCAGAGAUUAUUUCAGUGCCAGCAAGGGGAAGUGGACUGGCAGGAGCAGCUCCUCAGGAAGGAGCGUGAGGAGAAUGAACAGCUGGGCUCUCACAUGAGAGCUCUGCAAAACAACAUCGAGGCUCUGAGCAGAGAGAAGGAGAAGCUGGAAGAGGACUCCAGGAGUUUGGAGAAGAAGUUGUCACAAGCCAAAAGGGAAUUAACUGCUGCUGAAGACAGCAGCAGAACUGCACUGUCCAACAGGGAAAAAGUGGAAUUGGAUGUUAAGAACCUGCAGCAGGAGGUGGAGCUACUGAACAAGCAGAAGAAAUCACUGAAUGCAGAGAUUGCUGCUGUCCAGGAGAAUCUUCAAGGGAAAAAGGAAGAACUGGAAGCACUGAAAGGAGAACUGAAUGGCUCGAGGCAGCAGCUUCACCUCGUGGAACAGGAUUUGGAAAACAACUCCAGGCAGCAGGAGGAGCUGCUCAGAGAACAGGCAGCCCUGAAGGAAGAGAUCCGAGGGUAUUUGAGGAAAAGGAAGGAAUGCCAGGAGAGGCACAAGAGGAGGGAGAACCAACUGCAGCAGCUCCAGAAAAAGAUUGAGGAGAAGGAAACAGAACUCGCCCAACAGGAAGUGGUUCUUCAUCGCCUCAAGCAAAACUCAGAGCGUGAAGGGAAAAAACUGGAAGAAUGUGCAGCUAAAAUGAAGGAUCAGAAAAUCCUAUUGGAAAAGGAACUAGCAGAUCAACACAAGAAGCUGGAGCAGACAAUAGCUAAAGUCAAGAUGGCAGAAGAGAACCUUGGGAAGCUGGAAAAGGAGGAAUCCCAGUGUGCAGCUCUUGAAGAAACCAUCAGAAAAAGCAAACAUCAGCUCUCAGAAAAAGAAUUACAGUUACAACAAAAAGACAGAGAAAUACAGUGUCUUCAGAAAGAACUGGAGCUCUCCAAGUGUGAGCUAAAGAAGCUUCAAGGUCAGAUAGUGUCAGAGAGGAGAGAAGCAGAAAAACAAAUCUUGAGUCUGAGAGAAACACAGAAAAUGCAACGGCUGGAGCUUGAAAGCAAACUGCAAGAGCAGAAGCAUGGAGGUGGCAGCUUGCACAGUGCCAGGGCUGAGCUCAUCACCCACAGCCACUGCCCACGAGCCCAGCACCUCGAGGGGGCCCUGGGCCAGCCCCAGAGCCAGGUACAGCUGGGGGAUUCCCUGGGGGAGUUAACAUUGGAACCAGGGCAGAGGCUUUGGGAUUUCUGGCUGCAGUGCUCCAUGUGCAGAGCAGCCUUGUUGAGUUACACAGGAAAAGCUCUCAGGACUGGUGUUUGUAACUGUUCUGUGCUGCAGGUUAAAACCCAAGACCUGGAAGAGAGACAAAAGGAAAUGGAGAGUGCAGCAACCUUGCUUAACCAGGAGGUUGAAAAUGAAAUUAGGACGGAGUUUAGAUCUUCAUGCUCAUCUUCUACAGACCCGUUGGAAGAUUUGGAAGCAUCAUUUGAAGGAAAGAGGAGUCUGCAGUGUGAGUGUGAUAACUCAGAGACUGCUUCCUUCACUGCUGCCGACAGACAGCUCCUCUCCUUGGAAGAAAAGUUCAAUAUUUCCAGAAUCUUCUUACUGGAUGAGCAGUGGCGAGGAGAGGUGCUCCAGGAGAAGCUGCAGCAGCACGAGGACCGGCUCAAGGCACAGCUGCGGUGCUGCCUGGCCAAGCAGGCCGAGGUGCUGCUGCAGGGGAAGCGGCAGACGGCCGGGAGCCUGCACAGCCUCCAGCGCCAGCUCCAGGUGCUGGAUGACCUGAUCAGCAGCACUGCUUCAGAUUCCUUCUUCCUGCCCAGCAGCCCCAGCCUCGGGUCUCUUCACAGUGCUCUGAGUGUAUCAAAAGCUCAGGUUCCCAGCAGCCCAGGAAGUGCUUUGGGGUCACCAGUGCUGCGUUCCAGCUCGCAGGGAAUCUCUCGGUGAAGGCCAGAGGUGAGAUGUGGCCUCAGGCCAGUUCCAACCUCCCAGGAACACGAGUGGCUGGAAGCUGAGGGACCGUGGGGCAGCUGUGGCUUCACAGACCACACUGUCCCUUCCCUGUGACAGCAUUGCCAGGGCUGCUGUCCCUUCUGCUUUAGGUUUGUGUGUUGUGCAGAGGAGUCUGGGUGGGAGCUGCUGGGAGCGCUCCUGGGCCAUGGAGUUACUGCUGCAUGAACUGUUGCCAUCCCUGGUCUUUCAGGAACUUUCCUGGUUCAGCCCCAUGGCUGAACCUCUAGGACAGCUGGUUCCACCCCAGCCUGGUACAAAAGUGUUCUUUUGUAACGGUUUAAGGUACAAAUGUUACUUGAAAAGUGGCUUCAUUUUAAAAGGAAAGCCCAAAGCACAUGCACAGCUCGGACAGGGGUGCUCAGGUGCCACCUCUGAAGAGUUCUCCUACCUCACUGGGUGAGCCUUGUCUGAAAAGGCCUUUGCCACCACUCACAAACAGCUGCUGCAAGGCCUGGACUGUGAAGGUUUUGUACAAUUGACAACAGGUUUACAUAUAUGUUGGUUUGUUUUUUAAAAAAUGUCCAAACCAACCUCUUAUUUAAGUGUUCAGCUGGUGGCCAGUUCCCACUUUAAAGAAACUUUGUUACAGGGCCUGAGCUGUUGCCAAAUGCAUGGAGGUUUAAAUUCAAUUAUUUUGGAUACUUCCUUAAAUAAACUUUUGUGAUUUGAUGCUUUUA